AUGGGCCGCCACUAUGUCGCAAUGGCUCGUGAGGGUGCAAAGUACAGUGCGGUCGUGGUAGGCGGCGGGCCCGCCGGGAUCACCAUUGUGGGAAAUCUGCUGGAGCAGCGUCUCCCGGGUCGCGUUCUUUGGGUCGAUCCCCUGUUCAAGGCGGGCCGGGUCAACGCAAAGUACCGAGAAGUUCCGAGUAACACCGCUGUCAAGCUGUUCAUCCAGUUUGCAGAGGCCGUCAAGCCCUUCCGAGAUGUCAUUAAGUCGACGCCCGAGCCCAAUGCCGUUUCGGUGCUCCGCCAGAUGCGCCAGGAUAAAGGGUGUGAACUCAGCAGGGCUGCCGACAUGAACUUGAUGCUUACCGAGGGGCUGUCCAAGACGGAUGGCGUGCAGCAAACACUGGGCUACGUCAGUGCGGCUGUCUUCAACGAGCAAGCGAACCACUGGACUGUCGCCCUGGACCAAGGCCAGAUCCCGGUGACAACCUCGAGGCUGAUCCUCUGCACCGGUUCCAGCCCCAUAUCGUUUCCCCUGCCGAUUCAGGAACGCAUGCACGACCUCAACCUCGAGUCCGUCGACCUGGACACCUGCCUCGCUCCCUCGCUCCUCCCCAAAGCUCUUUCGCCGUCCGCCACCGUCGCCGUCAUCGGCGCCUCGCACAGCGCCAUCCUCGUGCUCCGAAACCUCUACAACCUCGCCCGCGACUCCCACCCCCAACUCCGCAUCAAAUGGUUCACGCGCAACCCCCUGCGCUACGCAGUGCCGAUGGACGGGUGGAUACUGAGGGACAACACGGGCCUGAAGGGUGAAGCGGCGGACUGGGCGCGCGAGAACCUCGAAGACAACGAGUUCGCCAACUCGCCCGUGAGCAAGUACAUCCAGAAAGUGAGCAUGACAAAGGGCGACGAGGACAGCGUGUACGAAAAGGAGCUUCCGGGCUGCACGCACAUCGUCCAGGCCGUCGGGUACAAGCGGGACCCUAUCCCCAAGCUAUCCAUCCGGGAUGGCGUGGCGGGAGAGGAGCCGCUAAGCGCGUGGGUGCCUGGCCUCUUUGGCGCUGGUAUCGCGUACCCGGAGCGUGUCACUGACCCCUACGGCAACGUCGAGUACGCCGUCGGCUUUUGGAAGUUUAUGAGGUUUGCGAAGAGGGUUGUUCCGGAGUGGGUGCAAGGGCCUUGA